AUGUAAGACUUGGAGGAACUCUUGAAAAAGCCUGAAAUUUAUGAAAAUUUGUCUCUAUUUAAGGAAUUCUUGAAGGGAGUCAAGAAGUUAUGUGAUCAAUUUGAGGAGAAAAUUAAAAUGAUUCCUAAAUAAGAAAUUUAAGAGGAUUUGGCAAUUAGAAAGAAAAUCGAUAAGCAAAUGUUGAAAAGGAAAAAAAAGAGAGAUCAAUAAAGCUAAUCAGAUACUCCAAUCAAAGCAUCCAAAAAAUAGAGAUAGUAAGCAAUUGAUGUCGAUUAAUUGGAAAAACUAAAUCUUAAAGAUGGGUCUAUGGUGGAAAUCUAGGAACUAAAUCAAUCGUUUGAAUUUCAAAUGAACUCAAAAAAGUAGUCCAAAAGAAUAAAUUAAGAUGUGAAAAGAGAAGAAGAAGAUCCAAAAGGAAUAUAGGAGGAAGAUUCCUUCGGUGGGAAUAUAGUAUAAGAAUAUUAAUGA